UAUGUAUGUAUGUAUGUAUAUAUUUCGGCCGCAUGAUGUCGCGGUGGCUUGAUUUUGAUGUCAAACAAAAAGAAAACAAACUGAGCCCGUUGCUGGAUUUACUUUGAAUGGAAAUCCCAAAACUGUUUUUGUUGUUUUUCUAAAACUGUGUUUCAGAUUAAGAAACACUCUGUUUUCUUACUCUCCUUGGGUUUCUGCUUUAUUUUUGUUUCAUUCUUGUGCUUUCAACUUGCCCUUCAACUCGUUCAAGAUAUUAACUGGGAUAAAUGUAUUUCUGGCUUCUAAUGAAAGGCUUGAUUUUUGAAGCUUAAAAAGGGAGUUUUUUGAGGUUAAAAAAAGAGACAACAAGAUAUAUAGAAAAUUACACACCGUCUCUCUUGUCAUUCAUUGAUUUGAUGGAUCGAUCUCCGCCUGGACACUGAGACGAGAAUCUACUGGAGGUUUAUUUGUUAUUCUGUUGAAGCCUUAGUACUGUUUAGCCAUCAUUGUUGCUUUGGAUCUUAUUUUCAUUUUUAUUGGGGCUAUUUUUUUCACCAAGUUGACUUCAUUGAUUCAAAAGUAAAAAGGAAAAAUAUGAUACUGUAAGAGAAAGAAUUGAGCUCCCUUUUGGCUUUGUGUGUCAAUUUACGAAUUUGUUAGUAUAUUCAUCAAAAUUAAGCAUAAAAGACAUUGUUUCUUACUUUCUGGGUCGAAAGAUAUCUAGAUCUUCAAGAUUGUAUUAUCCAUUUGAGGAACAUACAUAGAAGUUCUGUGUUUUUAAAUGAAGAAAGCUGUGAUAGUGAUAUUGGUUUCUGACAUUGGUGUGGUUCUUGAAGGUUUCUUGUGAAUGAGCUGUGAAAAAGGUCUUGUCAUUCUGAAAAUUUUGUCUCUACAAUUACUGGAAUCGAGCAUGUCUGUGGUACAAGCUGUGUAAUCCAUCUUGGUUUGGUGGGGGCACACCAAUAAUGCAGGAAAUAGUUGUUUGUGUUCUGGGCUUGUUGUUUAGCCACUUCAAUGAUAUUGAAAUGAUGGUUGUUUGAAAUUGAAUCUGUUAAGCCAACAAGAAGUUUCACGGUAAUUGCUUGUGGUAAUGAAUCGAGAAAUGAAGAGAGGGAAGCAGGAGAAAGGUGGUUCCGAUGUGGCUGAGAAGGUGGUUGUUGCUGUUAAAGCAUCCAAGGAAAUUCCUAAGACUGCUCUUGUCUGGGCUUUGACCCAUGUUGUUCAACCUGGUGAUUGCAUUACGCUGCUUGUGGUUGUUCCUGCACAUUGUUCUGGCAGAAGAUUUUGGGUUUUCCCAAGGUUUUCUGGAGACUGUGCCAGUGGUCACAAGAAGUCUCAUGUUGGCACAAGUACAGAGCAGAAGUCUGAACUUACAGAUACCUGCUCCCAGAUGAUCCUUCAACUCCAUGAUGUUUAUGAUCCAAACAAGAUUAAUUGCAAGAUCAAAAUUGUUUCCGGAUCACCUUGUGGGGCAGUGGCUGCAGAGGCCAAGAGAGCAGAAGCCAAUUGGGUUGUGUUAGACAAACAACUUAAAAAUGAGGAAAAGCGCUGCAUGGAGGAGUUGCAGUGCAACAUUGUGGUUAUGAAGCGUUCCCAGCCAAAAGUUCUUCGUCUGAAUUUGGUUGGAUCAUCCAGAAGAGAAACUGAAGUUGCCUGUCCAUCUUCAGACCCAGAUGAAUCAUCUGAAAAGCCUAAGAAAAACAAGAAUGGUUCAGAUUCCAUUAGAGGGCCAGUUGUGACACCCACUAGUAGUCCAGAACUGGGGACACCAUUUACUGCUACUGAAGCAGGAACUUCAUCAGUCUCAAGCUCAGAUCCAGGAACUUCUCCAUUUUUCAACUCAGAAAGCAAUGGAGACUUGAAGAAAGAGGAAUCAUUAGUAAUUAGGGAAAAUCGAGAUAUUGAAGACUCUAAUUCAGACACAGACAGUGAAAAUUUAUCUGUGUCUUCUGCAAGUAUGAGAUUCCAACCAUGGAUGACCGAAUUUCUUAGAUCUCAUAACCAGUCCACACAACAACACAUUGAAGAUGAAUGUUCAAGAAGAACAAAUAGUGAGGCUAAAACAUCAACAACAAAAGCUUUACUAGAGAAGUUCUCAAGACUUGGUAGAGAAGCUGGAGUUGGAAUGUCAAACUAUAGGAACGAUCAUGAAUUCAGUGGAAAUGUUAGAGAAGCAAUUUCACUAUCCAGAAGUGCACCUCUUGGCCCCCCUCCGCUGUGUUCAGUAUGUCAACAUAAGGCACCAGUUUUUGGCAAACCCCCCAGGUGGUUUAGCUAUGCAGAGUUGGAGCUUGCAACUGGUGGAUUUUCUCAAGCUAAUUUCUUGGCUGAAGGUGGAUUUGGAUCUGUUCACAGGGGGGUAUUGCAAGAUGGUCAGGCAGUUGCUGUCAAGCAACACAAGUUGGCUAGUUCGCAGGGAGAUCUUGAAUUUUGCUCAGAAGUGGAAGUUCUGAGUUGUGCUCAGCACAGAAAUGUUGUUAUGCUAAUUGGGUAUUGUAUUGAGGAUAGAAGAAGAUUGUUGGUCUAUGAAUAUAUUUGCAAUGGGUCGCUGGAUUCUCAUCUAUAUGGACGUCAUCAAGACCCUUUAGAAUGGCCGGCAAGGCAAAAGAUUGCUGUGGGAGCUGCUCGAGGUCUGCGAUAUCUUCAUGAAGAAUGCAGAGUAGGUUGCAUUGUGCAUCGUGACAUGCGACCAAACAACAUCCUCCUCACCCAUGAUUUUGAACCACUUGUCGGGGAUUUUGGCCUGGCAAGGUGGCAGCCUGAUGGUGACACAGGUGUGGAGACAAGAGUAAUCGGAACAUUUGGGUAUUUGGCACCAGAAUAUGCUCAGAGUGGCCAAAUCACAGAAAAAGCUGAUGUCUAUUCCUUUGGGGUGGUGUUAGUUGAGCUUGUUACUGGACGAAAAGCAGUGGACCUUAACCGGCCAAAGGGCCAGCAAUGUCUCACUGAAUGGGCACGCCCACUGUUGGAAGAAUAUGCUAUAGAUGAACUGGUUGAUCCACGGCUAGGGAAUUGCUAUUCGGAACAAGAAGUUUAUUGCAUGCUUCACGCAGCAUCUUUAUGCAUAAGACGGGAUCCACAUUCCAGGCCCCGCAUGUCUCAGGUGCUUCGCAUGCUAGAAGGAAACAUGGUCAUGGAUGCAAAUUAUAUGUCAACAACUGGAUUUGAUGUUGGCAGCUGUAGUGGUCGAAUAUGGACAGACCGGCAGCAGCAACAACUACCUUACAGUGGUCCCUUGUUAAAUGAGGCUCUUGAAAGCUUUAAUGGGAAGCUCUCGCUUGAUUCACUGAAGCCGUCUUUCUGGGAAAGAGAAAAGGCCAGAAGGACUUCAUAUGGAGGUGAUUUAUGAAGAGCUUUAGUCCCCUCCUCAACAUGCAUCUUACUUGAUAUGUAUUUGGCCCAUUUUGUAUUUCUUUAUUUUUGUCCAAUGCCCACUUAAGAUUUUACUUGUGUAUAGUAGUAGUUGCAGGGAAGUAGGAAUAGCGAGGUUUUGUAAUUCUUUUGUAAUGGAGGAAACUCAUUGUAUGGUGUUCUAACUCUGCUUUUUUGUCUAAAUCAAUGAAAGGCCUUGUCAGAA